UGUUUUUUGUUAAUAGCGACGCUUCACUCUAUCCACUCAUCUCCGUCACCCAGAACCACUCAUGGGGGCCUGGGAAUCCGGCCGCCGCCGCCUAUGCUGCUGCCGCCGAGGUCCUCCCAGCGGAGACGGCGAGCAUUUGUCAAGGGUGCCCGCCCUCCUCAUCUUCCUCCUCGUUUCCUCCGUCCCCCUCGCAAUCAUCGCCUCCCUCGAACGCUCCGCCGCAGGCUUCACCUUCCAGACCCCCGACUGGAUCUGCGAGUGCGCCAAGUGGGACCCCGUCGGCCGCAGCUUCCUCGUCUCCACCUUCCUCGGCGGUAGCGUCGCCCGGCUAACCCUUGAAGAUCCGCAAGCCGUCGGGGGCGCCCUGACGCAGCGGACCGUGCUGUCGGAUCCCGACGUCGCCGGGAAUGCGUCGCUGGGAAUGGCCAUCGAUCGUGGCAGCGGGAGGCGCCGGAUUCUGGUGGUCUACGCCGACCUUCUCCGGUGCCGCUCCUCCUCCGUGGCGGCCUACGACCUCGAAUCGUGGUCCCGCAUCUUCCUCACCCAUCUGAGUGGUCCAGGUGAAUGUUCAUAUGCUGAUGAUGUAGCUGUUGAUGACGAUGGAAAUGCUUAUGUUACUGAUGCAAAGGGAAACAGAAUAUGGAAGGUGGGAUUGAACGGUGAGUUGAUAUCCGUCAUUAGAAGCCAACUUUUCGCUCAGAGGAAGGAGUGGUACUACAACUUUGUGGGUCUGAAUGGCAUCGUGUAUCAUCCCGAUGGUUAUUUGCUCGUCAUACACACUGCCAGUGGUCAUCUUUUUAGAGUUAACACAACAACUGAGGAGGUGACUGUCGUUCAAGUCAGAGGAUCAUUGCUCAUGGGGGACGGCAUGGAGUUAAUUUCUCCGAAUAAACUAGUUAUCGCCGGCACCCCUUCUGCUAGGGUGAUUGAGAGCUUUGAUGGUUGGGAGACAGCAAACGUCACAGCAUGGUAUAUUGGACCGAUGCAUCGAAUUGCCUCGUCGGCAACUGUGAAAGAUGGAAGGAUAUAUCUUAAUCAUCUUGUGGGGGUAGGAAUGGCGAAAAAAACUCAUGUCAUUGCAGAGGCAGUUUUCCUGCCUAACAAAUAAGUAGCUCAGGUAACCCUCAUAAUCGUGAAGGAACAAAUACUUAUUUGAAAGUCCUUGCUCAAAUCAUCUUUCAUCUAUUUUUCA